GUCAAGGCAAACUGCUCCUCUAUGCGUUCUUGCUGAUCAAACUGGCUGAUUGGAUGUAAGAAAUUAACCAGGAUUGGGGAGAAGUUUCUUGUUCAUCUAAGGUAUUCAAGACCAUUUCUUACAAAAGGAGUGGAGCUUUGUAGAGAACAACACCAUGGUGAGGAAUGUUGAUGACUUUGAUUUUAGUCUUCCAUCCCAUCCUCAGUUCAUUCUGGAAGGAUUACAAGCCCUGCGCUCCAACCCCAAGCUCUCAGAUGUCACCUUAAUAGUUGGGGGACAUGAAUUCCCUUGCCACCGCAGCAUCCUGGCCCUCUGCAGUCACUACUUCAAGGCUAUGUUUGCUGGUGACUUUCUGGAAAGCUUUUCAGCCCGUGUAGAGAUAAAAGAAGUGGAUCCUGUUGUUAUGGAGUCUUUGAUUGACUUUGCUUACACUGGAAAAGUAACUAUCAACCAGGGGAAUGUAGAGGCCUUAAUUCAGGCAUCCAACCAGCUUAAUUUCCCUGUUAUCCGGAAAGUCUGCAGCCGGUACCUGAGGCAACAGAUGGAUGCAACCAACUGCUUGGGUAUUUGUGAGUUUGGGGAAAUGCAUGGCUGCCCAGAAGUGUCAUCCAAGGCUUGGUCAUUUCUGCAGGAGAAUUUUGAGCUUGUGUCUCAGCAGGAAGAGUUCCUUCAGUUAUCCAAAGAGAGGCUGGUUACUUACCUGUCUAACAACCUACUCCAGGUACAAGAAGAGCAGAGCCUGGUUGAGGCCGUGCUUCGGUGGGUAAAGUAUGAAAAAUCUGCCAGAGCCAUGCACCUUCCAGAGCUCCUCGACCUGGUACAUCUAGUCACAUUGCCAGAUCAGUAUCUGCAGAACCUCUUGUCAUCAGAACCAUUGAUUCAAGAAUCGGAUGCUUGCAAGACCAUUAUCACCAAACAUCGCAGCACGGUGGAGAACAGGCCAUUUGUCCAACAGAGACUUCGGGCCCUUCCACAAAAGCUUGAGGAGGUGCUGGUAGUGGUGGGAGGCAGAGCCUUGGAAGAGGAUGAAGGAGAGGAUGAAGAAGCACACCCACCACCAAUCUCCAGGAACUUUGCCUUUUAUAACAAAAAGACAAAGGAAUGGCUUGCUCUUCCUGAUUUUCCAGAUUACAAUAAAUGGGGAUUUUCUAUGAUUGCACUAAACAACAAUGUUUAUGUCACAGGUGGCUCCAGGGGUUCACAGAAUGAUACAUGGUCCACAACCCAGUCAUGGUGCUUCUGCUUCAAGAAAGGUGCCUGGAAGCCUAUUGCUCCAAUGCUAAAGCCUCGAACAAACCAUGCUACUGCUGUCCUCAAUGGCGAGAUCUAUGCCAUUGGUGGUACCACUGUGGACAUUGUGGAGGUGGAGUGCUAUGAUCCAUAUAAUGACAGCUGGUGUUUUGUCAGCCCUGCCUUGAAGUAUGUCAGCAACUUUUCCAUAGCCGGGUGUCUUGGGAAGCUGUACCUUAUAGGCUCUUGCGCUGUCAAAUACAAUGCAUUAACUCUGCAGUGUUACAACCCAGCUACAGAUGUCUGGAGUGUCAUUGCCUCUCCUUUUAUCCCCAAAUACCUCUCUGCUCCCCGAUGUGUCUCAUUGCAUGGUGUCAUCUAUCUUAUCGGAGACAACACAAAGAAAGUCUAUGUGUAUGAUCCAGAUGCUAACAUAUGGCAGAAGGUGCAACAGCUCCACACCCUGCACGAAAAUGGAGGGAUGGUGUCUCUUGGAAGUAAACUGUUUGUUACAGGUGGACACUGGAAGGGCAUGGAUGGUGACUAUCAGGUGGAGAUGGAAUGUUAUGACUGUGCCAAGGAUAUCUGGACAAGGGAAGGCUCCCUCCCAUGCUUAUGGCUCUACCACACUACCUCUUCUAUCUUCAUGGACACUUCAAAGUGGAGAGAACCGUUCUUGGGAAACCAAGUGUGACAUGGAAUAUGGGACAAGGCCUCAGAGCUCAGCUGCUCCUAUGAAAAGGAGCAGAAUAUUUUCUAGUAUCACAUUUUUACACUUUCUUUUACAUUCACCUUCUUGCUUGGACUUUAUUUUCCUACUACAUCUUUUUCUGGGAUGAACCAAUUUGACCAUAAAGGUAAAGGUAAAGGUUCCCUUGCUUGAAAGCCAGUCGAAUCCGACUCUAGGG